GUCAAAAAACGGGAAGACUGUCGUCACCACUGGAGGCGAGCACUGCUACUACCAGGGAAAGGUCAGAGACGCCCCCUACUCUUUCGUGGCUCUGUCAACCUGCCACGGACUUCAUGGGAUGUUUUUCGAUGGCAAUCACACCUACAUGAUUGAACCUGGAGGACAGGGCAGCACUGAUGAAGACGUUCGCAUUCACAUGGUUUACAAAUCUGCAAGGAAAGAUGGACUCAGUGACCUGUUCACUGGUGAUCUACCAGAGCCGCCUUUCCCAAGCCCGCCAUUCCCAGGGUCACGAGACGUUCACAGGAGAAAGAGGAGACAGGUCUCAUGGGUGUCACGGAGUGUUGAAGAUGAGACCAAAUACAUCGAGCUGAUGGUGAUCAACGACCAUUUCAUGUAUAAGAAGCAUCGGAUUUCCGUUGGGCACACAAAUAACAAUGCAAAGACAGUGGUCAAUAUAGCUGACAUGAUUUUCAAGGAACAGCUUAACACCCGAAUUGUGCUGGUUGCCAUGGAAACCUGGUCAGCAGACAACAAGUUUAACAUCGACGACGAUCCCAUGGUGACCCUGAAAGAGUUCAUGAAGUACAGGAAAGACUUCAUCAAGGAGAAAUGCGACUCCGUUCACCUCUUCUCAGGGAAUCGCUUUCACAGCAGCUUGGGUGGAGCGUCUUACAUGGGGGGAGUUUGCUCUCUCACUAAGGGAGGAGGCGUCAACGAGUAUGGGAAAGCAAAUGAGAUGGCCAUCACCCUCGCUCAGUCUCUUGGACAAAACAUUGGCAUCUUUUCUGACAAGAAGAAGAUCAUCAAUGGUGAAUGUAAAUGUGACGAUAAAUGGGCAGGCUGCAUCAUGGAGGACAUUGGCUACUACCUGCCCAAGAAGUUCUCUGACUGCAAUGUGGAGGAGUACCACAACUUUCUAAACAGUGGCGGAGGAUCCUGUCUGUUUAACAAGCCUCUCAAGCUGCUGGACCCCCCUGAAUGUGGCAAUGGCUUUGUGGAGCCUGGAGAGGAGUGUGACUGUGGAAGUCCAGCGGAGUGUGCCAAAGAAGGAGAGAACUGUUGUAAGAACUGUACCCUGACUCAAGGCUCGAACUGUAGUGAUGGACUCUGCUGCAACAACUGCCAGAUGGAGUACAUGGGAGUCGUGUGCAGAGACGCAGUGAAUGAUUGUGACAUCCCAGAAAAGUGUUCAGGCAACUCCAGCCAGUGUCCACCAAACGUGCACAAAAUGGAUGGUUACACAUGCGAAAAAGACCAAGGUCGCUGCUUCAACGGCAGAUGCAAAACCAAAGACAGACAGUGCAAGUACAUUUGGGGAGAGAAGGCGACAGCAGCUGACAAGUUCUGCUACGAGAAGCUCAACAUCGAAGGGACCGAGAAGGGGAACUGUGGGAAGGACAAGGACACCUGGAUCCAGUGUAACAAGCAGGAUGUUCACUGUGGUUACCUGCUGUGCUCCAACAUCUCGCCGGCCCCCAGACUGGGGGAGCUGCAGGGGGGGCUCACCUCCUUCUCAGUAGCUCGACACAGUGCUUCUCUGGACUGCAGCGGCGCUCACGUGCUGAUCGACGGAGACACUGACCUGGGCUACGUGGAGGACGGGACGGCCUGCGGCGCCGACAGCAUCUGCAUCAAUCACAAAUGCCUCAACAUUCAGCAGUUCAACUUCAGCACCUGCCCCGGGACCACCGACAUGGCCAUCUGCUCCGGGAACGGGGUCUGCAGCAACGAGCUGAAGUGUGUGUGCCACCUGGGAUGGACGGGAGAGGACUGCAGCUCCACGUCUCCCUUCAGCUACCUGGUGGUCGGACCCACGGCCUCCGUUUCAGGCAUCACCAGCACCAACAUCAUCAUCGGGGCCAUCGCAGGCUCCAUCCUCUUCCUCGCCCUGGUGAUGGCCGUGACCGCCUGGUGCUACAAGAGCUACAAGCAGAGACGCUACGUCGAGUCCGAAGUUCAUCGAAGAUUCUGCCGGCCGACGCCCCCGGGUGAAUAUGUCACCAAGCCGGGGGACGCAGAUUCCUUUUACAGUGACAUGCCGCCAGGUGUCAGCACCAAUUCAGGCUGCAGCUCCAAGAAGAGAUCUAAUGGCCUGUCCCAUUCAUGGAGCGAGAGAAUUCCAGAUGCCAAACACAUAGCCGACAUCUGUGAAAAUGGGCGACCGAGGAGCAACUCCUGGCAAGGAAACCUGAGCGGAAACCGUAAGAAACUGAAAGGGAAGAAGUUCCGCGCUCGCUCCAACUCCACAGAGACGCUAUCGCCUGCCAAGUCUCCCACUUCCUCCACUGGAUCUAUUGCGUCCAGCAGGAGGUACCCGUACCCCAUGCCCCCUCUCCCCGAUGACCAGAGGAAAGCCAACCGGCAGAGCGCCAGGCUGUGGGAGACGUCAAUAUAAUAAUAAUCUGCAAAGGACCUUAAAGAGCUACACUUGUCUCUCCUUUUCUGUGAAUGACAAACACAAACAUGAAGCAAAAUUGACUCUAAGCGACUGAAGCAAGAGAGAAAGAGAGCCCCCCUCACCGGACAGGAAACAGGCUCAGGUGUGUACAGGCGUCUCUGGA